AUGCAUUGCUCUACUCUCUUGAUUGCCUUUGUUGGCUUCUGCAGCAUCUUGCCUCUCGCCAUGGGCAGCACUUCCCCUGAUGCUGGAGUCGCUCCUGACUCCGAUGGCGAGGACAAGACCAAGGGAGCCACCGCGAUUGCCAACCAAGGGUCCAAGGACAAGGCCAUGAGCAUGAACAUGACCAUGCCCACGAACGGCUCCAAGGACAACGCCAACGCCAAGGACUCAACCUCCUCGUCCGACGGCUCGAGUGACAAUGGCCCCAAGAUGUUCCCAGGUCAAAUGGUCAAUGGCAAAUGCAUGUGCUCCUCCCCAAGCUCCCCUCCCACCGAAAAAGAUAGCAAGCCGGACCCCCCCCUCGAGGACCCUCCAACCAAAACCCCUCCUACCACCACUACCCCACCCACUGACAACAACUCGACUUCGAGCGCAACCUCCAUGUCCGGUAACACUGCUUUCCUCACUGGUUUCAUCUCGGUCGCUGUUGCUUCUCUCGUGGUCUAA